CACAUCCAUCGUGUAUGUUUAUGCCUUCUGUUCCAUGCGCAUUCGUCACGGCGGUGAAGGCGGGCUGCGCCAACCGAUAAGUCGGCGUUCACGGUGUUUAAAACCGCGCUCCCGAGCCAGUCGCGCGCCAAACGGCAACGCAACCGCACGAAGUCGUUCUCAGCGGUGGUUCGCUGCUCACGAAGAGUCUCGUCAGCUUGUUUACAGUCGAACAGCGAACACGUGCCCGCCCGCAUCUUGCGCCCGAACUUGUUUCUCUCGUGUGGAGCUCAUACCAUCCACACACGCAUACAUCUCGCCCCCAUCUUCGUUCUUCGUAAUAACAUGUCUGGAAGCUCGGAGUUGACGUCCGUGUUGAUGCGUCGGCAGGAGAUCAACGACGCGCUGGACAACGGCGAAGAAGUCACCGUCAAAUAUCGCAUCGUCAACGUCUACACCGAAUUCUGCGAGUUCACACGCAAGGAAAUCAAGCAGUAUGAGAGCACCUUCAAAAAGUUCAACACAAACAAAGAUAGCUACUUGAGUUUAGAUGAGUUGAAGCGCAUGAUGGAAGUGUUGGGGGCGCCACAAACUCACCUUGGCUUGAAGGGCAUGAUCGCCGAAGUGGAUGAGGACGGCGAUGGUCGGCUAUCCUUCAGAGAGUUCCUGCUAGUUUAUCGCAAAGCACGCGCUGGUGAAUUGGACGCCGACUCGGGGCUUGGACAGUUGGCCAAAUUGACUGAGGUGGAUGUGGACAAGGUUGGCGUGGUCGGCGCCAAAGAAUUUUUCGAAGCCAAAAUAAACGAACUCUCUAAACGAAGCAAAUUUGAGAGCGAAAUUCGCGAAGAACAGGAAGAGCGCAAGCGCAUGGAAGAAGAGAAGGCAAUCCGACGACAGCAGUUCCUCGCGAAGUCGCGCAUCUUUCAAUAAGCACAAUUGGCCGCCGUGCCUGAACCCACUAGUCCAUCGAAAUACGUCUUUGACUUUCAAGAGCAAUUCAUGAACAAAUGGACUUACACCGAGUAUUAAAUUGUCGACAUAUCCAUGCUUGAAUGAUACCUAUUUUCGUAACCAUUAGAAAUUAAGCAAUUGAAGCGCGCGCAAUUAUUACGGUUAGUGUUUGAUGAUAAUAACAUGCUCUUAUAUUAAAGCUAGGGACGAAUUGUAGAGUUGUAUUUUGUAAAGUUAAUUUUAUUCAAUGUUUAUCAAAGCGUCUGAAAAAAACGCGCUUUUACUUUUACUCGAUUUUAAAUGACUUGGAAUAUUCUUCUGCCACGUUUAGUAUAAUAAUAUGUAUUUGAUAAGCGUUUAGUGAACAUACGCUGUGCGCCUGUGACAGAAAUUCAACGUUACACACAGAUAUAUUGUGAUAAGUGUAUAAAUAUGUAUUUUAAUAUGGAUAUAAGUUGGAGAAUACUUUCGAAACAAAUGUGAGACACGUCGAUUUUAAAUUUAAGAGAUAAAAUUAGUCAAAAGACUUAGUCAUAGUUUGUUUUACGACGUACUGUUACAAAAUUUAAUAAAUGAGUACCAGCAUAUCAAAAAUCUUAUGGUCUCACACACGUACAACACACAAAUAUAAUGUUUUUAUGCAUAAA